AUGUCUGUCAUUGUGCAGCCCAUUCUCCCCAGAGGAGGAGACCAGACACAAGGAGGCGAUGACUCUUCUUCUGCUCGCCAACCUACCCAUCAAUCUGGGCAGGAACCAUGGUCUUCCUCUAAGACCGCUCCAAGUUCAUCUUCAGGAAGCGGCGAGCAUCCCCAUGCAACACCGACACCCACACCGACGCCUAACACCGACGAUCUCUAUCAAUCGAUUUUUGCGUCCAUAGAUGGCGCUUCGGAAAAGGACGAAGAAAACAAGAAGAAGGACGAACACAAGAAGGAUGGCAAGGACGGCAAGGAUGGCAACCCUUCCAGCGUGGACAAACAUCCAAACACGUCUUCGACCAAGUCAACUCAACAGUCGUCUUCUUCCCAUGGUGCAGGCGCAACGUCUACAUCGUCUUCAAUUAAGCCUGACCAGAAGUCGACUUCGUCUACCUCGCUCAAGCCCGGCCAAACUUCGACUUCUUCUCCUGGUAAGGCCGCUCAAAGCGGAAUAAUCUCGCCACCGGGUGCCAACGGAACGGUAGCAGGUGGUUCCAACCACACUAACGCCACCGACGGUACUCCUCGCAAUGUGACAAUCAAUUACAACGAACAGAACAUCAACAAGACCAACAUCACCAAUAUCACCCAGGUUCAAGUCGUGAACAACUACAUCACGAUGACGACGAAGGGCGCAAAUGGACAAAUGUCGACGGUGACAAAGCCGACGACGGAAACAAAGACAGCCACGAUCCCGUACACCGAAACAAAAUUGAGGACUGUGACUACUAGCAAGCCCGCUGUGACUGUAACGACCAAAGGUGCCGGUGGCCACGCAACCACGGUGACACAGCCUGCCAAGGUGACGACGCACGUUGAUCGCGUUCCAAACAAUGAGAACAAGCGCCCUGUCUUGACGACCACAAUAACAGCGAGUCCUUCAGCCGCUUCGCAUGGUACUGGCGGCGAGGGUCACAAGAAGCCAGUCAGUAUGCCCAACACUGAUGCUGGCUCCAAAAAGAAGCAAGACGGAUACUCUUCGGCAGCUGCCGGUGGUGGUGACUACGCUGCAGCCGUUGCGCCCACCACUGUCAAUAGUGAGGUUGCCUCUGCCUACGACUCUCCCGCUGCCACACCUCUGGCUGCUUCAGCUCCCCUCCCAGGUGCAGAUGCUACCACGACUGCUGGUCAAUCUCCGAAGUCUGUCGUGGCGAACCAAGAUGGCUCAGAUGGCGCGUGGGACUUGGACAAUCUCCCCACCGACAUCGGCUCUUUCAUCAAUAGCGCCACAGGACUGGCCUCGUCUAUCAUGAGCGAGGUGAGCGGCGGUGACAUUGGUGGCAUGCUGGGCGCCGCAACCAGCCUCAACUCCACGAUUCCACCUGCAACGGCCACUGCUCAGCUCGUCUCGUCUACCGCUUCGGUCCCAAGUAGCAGCGUCACGUCGCCACCGCCGCCGGCUAAAACGACAAGCGCUUCUAAGACGACUGUCAGUGAUCAUCACUCAAGCACGACCAACUCGGCAAAGGGAGGUACCAUGACGACGGAUGCCCAGGGUCACGUAAUGCCGGCCAACUCGCAAAAGGACCAGAUAGGGUCGCCUCAAGGCAAUGGAACCAACCUGAGCAAAGGCGGUGUAGCCGGUGUCGUCAUCGCUACAUUGGCAGCUGUCGCUGUUGUGUUCCUGCUGAUGCUCCUUUUCGUGCGGAGGAGAAUGAAGCGCAGGCACGAGCGCAUGCCUUGGUCUCGAGACGCCUCUCGUUCCAACGAUAACGACGGUGCCCCGCAAAUGUUCCGUACUCUUUCCCGAGGUUUCUCGCAGUCGCGUCGAGCCAACGACAUGACCCAGAUUGGCACCUCCUUCACUCCUUACACGUAUGGUGCGACUAACAAUGCGAACUCGAUCCAAUCUAGUUCCAGGGGUACACCGAUGCGCUUUGGACACAAUGAAGGACCCGUUUCUGGUCCCACUUCUGCCACGGCUCCUCGUUCGGUCAGUCUUAACCCUAUCGUUGAGAACCCUUUCGACGAUCGUAAUGGUGUCUCAAACAGUAACAAGAGAACGCCUCCAGCGCCCAAGAUCACACCUGGACCCAACUCUUUGAGGACUGAGCUCGGAGGUGGAAAGCGCCCUGGACACCAACCCAGUAACUCGUACUCUUCGACAGCUUCAUCGGCCUCUCGCGGCUCUAGUCCUCAGACUGUUCCACCGAUUACUGACUCAGACUUCUACCAAAUCGAUCGCGCAGCACGGGCGACGGUCGACCCGAACGUCGUCGGUAGAGCUCAGCCACGAACGACGGUCCCUCGUGCCAAAUUCUUUCCACGAGCGGCGCCAUCUUCCACCUACGGUCUCCCCGCAAGGGCAUCUCAUUCUGUAGCCACCGACAAUGCUUAUCCCCAGAUGUCGAGUCGCCAGGACAAUUCUUCCUACCGUGACAAUAAUGCUCGUCGGCCCAGCGUCGACGCCCGUGGCGCAGACAUCUCUGUUCCUCGCUCCGAGCUCCUUUUGAGUCGGGCCCAGCACCACAAUGAUUACAACAGCGCCGCUGAGGCAAACCGCCCUACUUCGUAUCAAACGACCCCUAGUAUCUACUCGGUCAACAGCGAGAAUCCGUUUGAGAACGAAGAACCAGCGCCGGCUGUGCCCCCCGUGCCCAGCACUUAUCGCUACCACUAGAAGGGUCGCUCCUUUCUAUAUUCUUAGCUAGUCAUAUCUUCGGUCUUCCAG